CCCCGCCUGGAGGCUGCUGAGUGAGCUUUUAUUUCUGCACUCGGAAUUGGACAGCACCUCUAAGCUCGUGCUCAGCUGUGAGCUUUGGAGCUGAAUCUGGAAGCUCUACGCAAGGAUUACUGGCCACUGUGGAGGCAGUGCAGCUGCAGACAUGGUUGGCUUGCUUGGAUUGUUUAGAUGAUAAGUUUGUGAGUCUUAUUUGUUUGGUUGUUGGGACAGAAAGGAUCUGAGGUGUUUGUUUAGGGUGGACAUUGCAACCCCAGGAAAUAAGAUUGUUCUCAGUUUGUAGAUUUCUGCUUCAGAUGUGAGUUCUUCUGAACUGCUCUUGUGGUUUAGGUCCAUAAUGGGGUUGCUUAUUCAGAUUUGUGCAUGUUGGUUUAUUUAUGGUGGGAGUAAAAUCACAAAAAUGGACACUGAUGCUGAUCGUUGCACUCUUCGCUUUGCCUUCAUGAUAUUUUAUCCUUACUAGAAAUAUAGUUUGUUUUCGUAAACGAUGACGUGAGGGGUGAUGGCAUCUGUUUGGAUUCAGAGGCUGGGCUGUAACUUCUGCAGAAUUAAGUCAAAAAAGUGAUUCUGAGCAUCUGCUUUAAUGGCUUGUCACACAGACUCCAUUUUCCCUGGUGGGCUCACACGCCGAGGUUUUCCAUAUAUGUCGGCUUUCAAAUAUUUUCCACGUCAGCAUCAGUGUUGACAUUAGAGCAGCAUUUUCGGUCUGGUUCUCAUGCUACACGUGUCCCAGGCCAAGAGAUAAACUUCUAACCUGAGUCUUCAGCUCUGUUAAAAACAUCUGUUUUGCACUAGUUUGGCUUGGUUUGACUCAGGCUGGUUCUGGUCUCUGCGGGGAAGCCAGACCUUUGCGUCCGGGCUGGGCCCUGAGCGGGCUCCUUCUGUCCUCAAACCAUGGGCAUCCAGGGCAUGGAGCUGUUCGCCAUUGGGGUAGUCGUCAUCCUCUUCAUGGCGGUUCUCAAGCAGUUUGGUAUCCUGGAGCCCAUUUCCUCAUUUGAAGAUGACAGCAGCGACAGUGACCUGGAGCUGUCGACGGUGCGCCACCAGCCUGAGGGGCUGGACCAGCUGCAGGCCCAGACCAAGUUCACCAGGAAGGAGCUUCAGUCUCUCUAUAGAGGCUUCAAGAACGAGUGUCCCAGUGGGCUGGUUGAUGAGGAGACAUUCAAGUCCAUCUAUUCUCAGUUCUUUCCCCAAGGAGAUGCAACUACCUACGCUCACUUCCUCUUCAACGCGUUCGACAUCGACAGAAAUGGCUCGAUCCACUUCGAAGACUUCGUCAUCGGUCUGUCAGUUCUGCUCAGAGGUUCGGUCACAGAGAAGCUCAACUGGGCCUUCAACCUUUAUGACAUAAAUAAGGACGGUUACAUCACCAAAGAGGAGAUGCUUGCAAUCAUGAAGUCCAUCUAUGACAUGAUGGGGAGGUACACGUACCCCUGUGUACGGGAUGAUGCACCAUCAGAGCAUGUUGACAAGUUCUUCCAGAAAAUGGACAAAAACAGAGAUGGGGUGGUGACUAUUGAAGAGUUCAUCGAGACAUGUCAGAAGGACGAAAACAUCAUGAACUCGAUGCAGCUGUUUGAAAAUGUGAUAUAAAACAGAGCUGGAUUCUCUCGGUAGUGUUUCCUUCAUUAGCACGUCUAAUUACUCAGCCACCUCACCCAUACCUCAGGCUCUGCACUAGCACUUAGAACCGCUGCUGAAUCACAAUGUAUGUACUGUAAAACACAGGAAACAUGCGUUCUUUUCUGCUCCCCACUGCACUCCUUCAGUUGUAUCAGGAAACUCUCCUUGGAUUUUAAAGAACUGCUGCAGAGAGGCAAUCAGCUUCCUGUGUGACAUUUCAUUUUCACCCACAGAAGAGCUCCUGUGCUUCUGUCAUCAGAUAUUAAGGGUUACCAAUUGAAAAGGAGACACUGAUCCGACCCGAGUCUUCAUGGAAACUACAUACACACUCAUCCAGAGGCACUGGCAACACUGGCUUGGUACUCAAGAUGUUUUAGAACAAAGAAAAAAUAUUUUGUAAAAAUCACAAAAAACAGAGAACUAAAGCAUGUUUGAAAUAUGUGAUGUGGGAAUAGCUUGCACUACAGUUUUCUGAUUAUGUAUAAAGGCCCUGUAGAUAUCUGCAUCUGAUGCACCACUGUUGAAAAGCAGUGUUUGUAUAUAUGUAUAGUUAAUAUAUCCUGCAUUGGGUUGGUCUCAUCUGUGCUGCACUGGAUGAUGGAACAACACCAGAACUGAAAAUUUGUUUAAGGGGUUCGUGUGUAAUUCUGUUAGAUACAUUCAUGUUUAGUGAUUGAAAUUAUUUAAAAAGUUCUGUCUUUUAGUAAUCUGAAAGAUUAUGUUAACUGGUGAGAUUGGAAAAGUAAAUUCCUGUGGACAGGUAUGCUGAAUUAGGUCUGUAACAUGUUUGUUCAGUGUACACAAGCAUGCGGACUCUCAGUCGCACAGUAAAAUGUACGGCACAGUUGGACCUUUGAGAAAUCACUAUAAUAAAGAUCCACAAAUUUUGCCACUUUCA